CGUGGAGUUUCCAUUGUGCAGCUGAACGGUAGCAGCGACGGUCUUUACUUGGUCGGCACCGGCGAUAAUGGGCCGGAAGAUUUCGCCGAUAUCAAGCUCUGGCGAGGGGAGCCAUUCCACUAUAAAAGACCAUGGCGGACGGAUGAGUGCAACAUGAUCAAUGGCACCGACGGCACGAUCUUUCCCCCCUUCCUCGACGAAAACUCCGUCCUAUAUGUAUUCACCCCAGACUUGUGCAGGGCGGUGUUCUUCACGUACGAGCGGGAAGUGGAAUUUCGAAGAAUACCAGGACUUCGAUUCAUUGUCAAUUCUGAUGUUCUCGAAGACCCAGCAAUUAAUCUGGACAAUCAGUGCUUUUGUUUAUCGGAUGGAACAUGCUUGAAAGCAGGAGCUUUAGAUCUCUCCGAAUGUCUCGGUGUACCGGUGGUGAUGUCCACGCCACACUUCUACUUAGGAUCAGAGGAAUACUUCAACAAAUCCAUCGUGGAAGGGUUGGAGCCGAGGAAAGAAUGGCACGAGACCUUCGUCGAUCUCGAGCCUUUGACCGGUAUUGUCUUGAAUGCCGCCAAGAAACUUCAAGUGAACCUCAAGCUGAGGCCGGUCGAGCAUUAUCCAAGCUUCGCUAAUGUCACGGAAAUGCUCUUCCCAAUAUUUUGGGUGAACGAGAGCGCAUCCUUGGACCAGAAGUUAGCCGACGAUCUCUACAACAGGAUCGUCAUGCCUCAAAUUGCCAUCAACAUCGGAUCGUGGGUGGCCCUCAGCGUCGGACCCCUCGUGAUAUUGGUGGUAGGAGCUAUCGCCUUACGAGAAUACCGAAGGAAUGGAUUCCGUCCCUUCUAAAGGGACUCGUCCAUCUGCCGAGUUGCUCAAUGCGUCCGCAUGAAGUUACCAUAUGCUAAACUGUAAAAAGGUGAUUCGUUGAGAAAUUCGUCAUGAUUAUGCAUCCGUACAAAACGAGCAGAGAGAAAACAUUCGUGUUAAGUUUCUCCAGCGCUCUGUCGACGACUGCUAAUCCUCCCCCUCAGAAUAUUGUUUAUUUUUUUUUUCGGCGUGGUUCCUGGCACUUGAUGGGCGAGGACGAGUGAAGGGACAUGGGCAAUGACUGUGGGAUCUUCCGAGUCCAAUUAUGGUCGUCGUCGCGAUGUUCGCAUACGUGUUGUAUAGUUUCAGUGCUGUGAUAACAUCUAUGACUGUUUUUUGACGUAGACGGUCAAUGUUGCAGAAAAUAAUAAAUAUCGAAUACCACAG